ACGUCCCGAUUUAUAAGACUGUUAUUCUGGCGAGGCGCGAACACGACGAGACGCUGCUCGGAGAAAAGACACACACGUUAGCUUGGAAUCAACGGCGUAACACUCGUACACACCAGCAGCAGCCAUUAGCGACAAUGAACGGACCGAUGAAUGGUUUUCAUAACUCCCUCAAUGACGAGGACUGCUUCUUGUUCACCUCAGAGUCGGUCGGGGAAGGACACCCCGACAAGAUCUGUGACCAGAUCAGCGAUGCCGUUCUGGAUGCCCAUCUCAAACAGGAUCCUGAUGCCAAAGUUGCAUGUGAGACUGUUGCCAAGACCGGGAUGAUUCUGUUGGCCGGUGAGGUGACAUCGAAAGCCGUAGUGGACUAUCAGAAAGUAGUUCGAGACACCAUCCGCCAAAUUGGAUAUGACGACUCCUCCAAAGGCUUCGACUAUAAGACCUGUAAUGUUCUGGUGGCCUUGGAGCAGCAGUCUCCCGACAUUGCUCAGGGGGUUCACAUCGACCGUAACGAGGAGGACAUUGGAGCCGGGGACCAGGGCUUGAUGUUUGGAUAUGCCACUGAUGAGACUGAGGAGUGUAUGCCCCUCACAAUUGUCCUUGCCCACAAACUGAAUGCGAAGAUGGCCGAGUUGCGUCGCGAUGGAACUCUUCCAUGGCUCCGACCUGACUCAAAGACACAGGUUACGGUCCAGUACCGCCAGGACCACGGUGCCAUGCUUCCAGUGCGUGUGCACACAAUCGUUGUCUCUGUUCAGCAUGAUGAGGAUAUUUGCCUUGAUGAGAUGAGAGACGCCUUGAAGGAGAAAAUCAUCAAAGCUGUGGUUCCGUGCAUCUAUUUAGACGAUGACACAAUUUAUCACCUGCAGCCCAGCGGGCGAUUUGUAAUUGGAGGCCCACAGGGGGAUGCUGGCCUGACUGGGCGUAAAAUAAUUGUUGACACUUAUGGAGGCUGGGGAGCCCACGGCGGUGGUGCCUUCUCUGGGAAGGAUUACACCAAGGUGGACCGCUCUGCUGCUUACGCUGCACGCUGGGUGGCCAAGUCUCUGGUGAAGGCUCAACUUUGCAGGAGAGUGUUGGUCCAGGUUGCCUAUGCCAUUGGAGUUGCCCAUCCCCUUUCCAUUUCUAUCUUCCACUACGGGAGCUCCCACAGGAGUGAGAGGGAGCUGCUUGACAUUGUAAAGAAGAACUUUGAUCUCCGUCCUGGAGUCAUUGUCAGGGAGCUGGAUCUGAAGAAGCCCUUGUAUCAGAGGACCGCAGCCUAUGGCCACUUUGGCCGAGACUCCUUCCCAUGGGAGGUGCCCAAAAAACUCAAAUACUAAACGUGUUAAGCUUUUCCCCCCCAGGCCUGUUGGUGUAUACUACAGAGAAGCCUCCAAGGUUACGGGGGUGAAAUGCCCCCUCUCUCUCUCUCUCUCUCUCUCUCUCUCUCUCUCUCUCUCUUUCUUUCUUUCUCAGUAAUGUUAUCCUUUAACACAUGUCUCCCUUUCUCACUCACUUCCCUCUCCUCUUGUUGUUAUCUGCUGUUUGCGGUAUCAUAGUGGGUCGUAGCAGGCAUGGUGAAAAAAACUUGCUGUCUAAAGAAUUAGAUGGCUUCCAUGAACUCAUGCACCAUAAAACGUUGUGUUGUCCCAGUUAUUGAGGUUCCCCUGAUUCUGGCUGUGAUAGACCCGGAAUAGCGGCGUUGAGCUGUUUUCCUUUCGGCAUUCCACACUCGUCAAUAUCGUAAGUCUUUUAUUCAGUGUCGCGCCGAUGGCAUAUUAGGCUAUACGCCCUCUUAAUUAACUGGUGCUACUGCUCUGUGAAGCAUUAUUUGAUAGUCAAGGGGUGGGGGGGGGGGGUUCUCUGGUCUGGCACUUCACCAAACAGUUUAGUGUCUACACAUUCCUCCUUCUGGCAAUCUGGUACAAUAACUCCCUGAGCCAGUCCUCCAUCUUUGUGGAGGAUGCUAGAAUGGCACAAUUCAAAUUGAAGGGUUUUUGCUGUUUUCACACACACAAAAAUAACCAAAUCCCAAUUAUUCAAGUGCUAAAAGGAUUAUAAAUUCUCAGAUGCUGCUACAGACCGUUGCUGUUUUCUGACGUAAUACAGAAAAGUCAGAAGCUGCUAUGUCACUGCUCUGGUCUGCAGAGGUGUUUGUUCUACUUGAAAAUAAUGGACUAUUAUGAAUUGAAAUUCAAUUUUAAAAUGAGUUCUGUUUCGUGAUUGUAGUUUCACUCGCUUUUUAUGGUUUGAAGUGACAAGCGGCCCUUUUACUCCUUAAGUAUGUUGAUGGCAGGUGUAGCUACAGAGAAACCUGGUCUCCGUCGUCGUCCUUAAUGGGGUCUUAUUGGCUUUAAGUCCAACCUCAACACUAUUUAUUUGUUCUCUGAAACUGGGUGGAUAUCGUGACGCCAAUGUUUCAGAUGGCAGCUUAAAAAAACCCAAACAUGGCUAUUGAAUCUUGAAUUCCUUUUGACUUGAUCACUUUUCAGUGUUUGCCUUGAGGCUCCAGAGUGUUGUACAGAAAAACUCUGCGCCGCCUCAACUCCAAAAUGUCACUGGCUACUGUUGACUAUUUUAUAACAUUUUUUAAUUUUCUUUUUGGACUACAAAUCAUAAUUUUAAGUGGGUUGGUUUUGAAAUCCCAUUAAAAUGUCUGGUGCAAUUCUUUAGCUCUUACCCAUCCUCGAUGGAAUGGCAACAUUUGGUUGGUGUUGUACAGAGAAACCAGCCUUGUUUACACAGCCAUCUCAUCUUUGGGAUGGGUUCAAGUUUUGGGUUUGUUACUUUUACCACCCUUAGGUGACCCCAUGGCUCCCGUGAGUGUAGGAGUGCCUUUUCUAUUUCCUCUACUUUUCUCCCUCCCAACAUGCGCUCAAAUUCCAGAGGUACAAGAAGCUCAUACUGUAUUGUGCUUCAUGUCUAGACCGGGUAGUUUCCUUAUGCUCUGUAAUAAACAACUACUCCUUUCAAA